CGUUGUCCCCAUCGUCCCCGUCGGCCAUGGCGGAGGCCGUGCACUACAUCCACCUGCAGAACUUCAGCCGCUCGCUGCUGGAGACCCUCAACGGGCAGCGCUUGGGGGGCCACUUCUGCGACGUCACCGUGCGCAUCCGCGAGGCCACCCUGCGCGCCCACCGCUGCGUCCUGGCCGCCGGCAGCCCCUUCUUCCACGACAAGCUCCUCCUGGGCCACUCGGCCAUCGAGGUGCCCCCCGUCGUCCCCAGCGGGGCCGUGCGCCAGCUGGUGGAGUUCAUGUACAGCGGCUGCUUGGUGGUGGCCCAGUCGGAAGCUCUCCAGAUCCUCACCGCCGCCUCCAUCCUGCAGAUCAAGACGGUCAUCGACGAGUGCACCCAGAUCAUCUCCCAGAGCCGUGGCCCCAAGGCGCUGCCGCCCGCCCGCCCACCGCCGCCGGCGCCGGCCGACGCUCGCCGGAAGCUCCGCGAGCUCCUGGGGCCACCGCCGGAGCCCGAGGGCUACCUGGGGCCACCGAGCUGUCACAGCCGCAAGCAGCGGCAGCCGUUGAGGCUCCAGUUGCCGGUGAAGGAGGAGGAGGAGGAGGAGGCGGCGGCGGGUGCCGAUGAGGAAGGCUCGGUGCCCCCGGUGCCGUUCCCCGCCGAAGAGCCCCCGUUUUUUGGUGCCCCCGAGGUCUUCUCCGACGCCUUCCUGCCGCCUUGGCCAGGCGAGGACGGGGGCAAGGUGGGACCCGAGUGCGGCUUGGAGGCAUCUGGACGGGGUUCGGCCUUCGGGGUCGAGGUGGCACCGGCGGGGAACAGUCUGGGCUUCGCCCCCCCCGGGCCACCGCUCUACGAGGAGGGGGGCGCGGAGGGGGGGACGAGUGGCGGCGUCCCCUCGGUCCCCAAGGUGCCGCGGGCCGGUCCCUCGCGUCGCCCCGAGCCGUCCUACCAGUGCGGCCACUGCCAGAAGACCUUCAGCUCCCGCAAGAACUACACCAAGCACAUGUUCAUCCACUCCGGCGAGAAGCCCCACCAGUGCUCCAUCUGCUGGCGCUCCUUCUCCCUCCGCGACUACCUGCUGAAGCACAUGGUGACCCACACGGGCGUCCGCGCCUUCCAGUGCAGCGUCUGCUGCAAGCGCUUCACUCAGAAGAGCUCCCUCAACGUCCACAUGCGCACCCACCGAACCGAGCGCUUCCAGUGCCGCCUCUGCACCAAGGGCUUCUCCCACCGCACCCUCCUCGAGCGGCACGCCGCUGCCACCCACCCCGUGCCGCCGCCGGGGCCGCCGCCGGGGCCGCCGCCGCCGCCUUGAGCCGCACGCCAAGGACCACGGGCGCUGGACGCACUCGCGUGGCGCGAGGGUGCCGCGGGGGCUCUUGGGGGUGAAACCUGGAGGACUUUGGCCCGGAUGGACAGACGGGGGGACACGGGGGCCGUCCCGCUCGUCCCCUCCCAAUCAGGACGCGCUGCCCAAUGACGGGGUUCCCGUCCCCCCGUGCCACGGUCGGUCAGACUCGCUGCGUGACGCUGGCGGGUGGGGGAAAUCAACACGCGGGUUUUCAGGA